AUGAUGUCUGGGAAAGACGCCUUCAUCAUACCCUUGCAGGAUGCCGACCCGAGCUUGUUCGGCUCCCCUGCUGAUCGAUCUUCCGUGAAUGGCGGCACUGCGACCACCCAAACGCAGCGCGGCAGCCCGUCUCGCCAGGGCGCUGCUAUGGGGGGAGGCUUACACCUGCAGUCGUCGCAGCACUGUGGUGCCCAUGACGAUUACGCAGACCCCUCAGCAGCGCUGCCGCCGCUGUCUACCCAGACCCUCUCGACGUCGCUCGGGGCUGCCAGCCUGCCAUACGUUAGCGAGGCCAGUCUAGAUUUCCAGCGCCGACUCCUGCAACAGCAGGUGCAGCAGGCGCAUCGCGAGACGGAGCGGCUCAAGGCAGAGCUGCAGGAGGCCAACGCCCGCCUUGUCGACACGCGCCAUCAGCUCAAUGAACAGAAGGCCGCGUACACGUCUCUCACGCACCGCUACAGCGCAACAGUGGAGAAGCUGACCUCUACCGAGAGCGACGUCAAGACGUUGGAGGAGCACCUGGUCAAAGAGCGCAACCAGCGCCAUCAGGUGCAGAAGGAGCGGGAGGAGCAGCGGCUGGCACUGCGCGAGGCGGAGUGGGCCCAGGAGCGCCUGCAGCGCCGUCUCCAGCAGCUCGAGGCAACCAAGGGACUGGACCCGAAGGAGGUGCAGCUGCGACUGGAAGACCGGUCCCACUUCAUUCCCACUGUCGAGGUGCGCCGGAUACAGACCGAGAUGCACAAUACCCACCAGGCCCUCGUCGAUCGUCUGCUGACGUCGCUGGAGUCCUUGACAACGUCUAGCGAAGAGUCGCAAACAAACUUCUUCGUGGCGCGCAGCUCCGUGCUGUCGGCUGCCACGGAUGUCGACGCUCGACUAAAGCGUGCCGAGGCAGCUCUCGACGAUAUAGACAAGCAAUGGACGGACUACCGCGACGGUGUCGAGCGUGAGACACACGAGUUCCUGCUGGCGGUCAUGUCCGAGAACAAGGACCUCUGGCAGCAGCUCACGCUGCUGCAGAACGAGCACGCUGUUGUCUUGUCUGAGAUGAAGCUGCGGUCCACACAGGGUGGGUCGGUGCCGGUGGAAGAGCACGCCUACGUUCAGCGGCAGCUGGAGACGAUGACGGAACGGCUUGGCAAGGCGCAGCAGCUGGUCGAGUCCCAGACGGUGCUGGCACGCGCGCACGAGGCCGAAAUGACGGAGCUCUUGGAGGCCAACGGUGCGAUGCAGCGGCAGCUGGAAGAACUGGAGCGACAGUGCACGCAGCACGAGCAGGUGAGCAGCCAGAAGACAAAUGCUCUAGCCGAGGCAGACGCCGCGCUGCGCGAUGCCGCGUCACAGAUACAAGAACUUCACAACUCCUUGCGCGAGGAGCGGCUGCGCGCGGAGGCCGUGGUGGCGGAGAUGAAGGCGACACAGCGGACGAUGCAGGACGAGUACGACGCCCGCGUACGUGAGCUCGAGCACGACUGCGAGGUGGCAGACGACACAGCGAUGACGCUGCAGCACAGGUUGGAGGAGACGGUCGCGAAGCUGGACGUUGUGGAACGCAAUCUGCAGGCACAGAGUAAGGAGUACAAGGCUCACAAGGUGCAAACUGCCGCCGAACAGUCGGCGGCCAUGGGGCGACAUCGCGACGACCUGCAGCGGGUGCGGGCGGUGAUGGAGGAGGAGCUGGCAUCAUUGCGAGCCCAGCUAGACGAGGCACAGGAGGCAGCCCGAGCAGCGGUGCGAGAGAGCGAGGAGACGGCAGCGCGCGAGAGUGCUGCUCUGGUAGAGCACCGCACCGCUCAGAGAGAUCUGACUCACAUGCAGGAAGAACUGGAGCGGCUGCGCGGUCAAUGCAAAGAGGCGGUGGAGCAGCGGCAGCGUGCCCAGGUGGAGGCGGAUCAGCUCCGCGCUGCUUCUGGCGAGGGCAGCACCCUCGCGCAAGAGCUUCAGAGGCGCUGCGAUAUCGUCGAGAAGGAGAAAGCGGAGCUGGCUGCGGCGCUGGUGAACGAAAAGUCGAGGCAGGAGCAGCGCUACGCGACUCUGCACGCGGACUGGAAGGCCGCUGAGAAGGCUCGGGCCUUGAUACAAGAGGAAGUGAAGACGCUGCGCUCCCGCUGCACCGAGGUGGAGAAAACUCGCAUGGCCGAGGAUCGUCAGACGCAGGACAAGGAGCAGCUGAUGCGCGAGAACAUCCGCUUGCACGAGCAGUAUCAGCUAAUCCAGAAGGAGUGCACGGGGCUGCGCGAGGAGGUGAAGGCGCUCAAGCAGCGCACUGUCGGCGAUGCGCAGUGGCAUAGACAGAUGGAGGAUCUUCAGCGACGUCUGCGGGAGCUGCCGGAGCUACGCCAGGCUGCUGAAGCAGCACGCCGUGACGCCCUGAAGGCGAAGGAGGAGACUGAGCUGCUGCGGCGCGAGCGGGAUCAGCUAUCGAAGAAGCUCGAUGCCUUUCUCGAAGACGCGAAGCUGCAGGCGCGGCGCGAGGACGACUUUGAGCGGGUGUGCCGGGAGGCCAGCGCUGCGGCGCAGCGCAUUGGUGGACAAGUGUCCUCAGCCAAAGAGAAUAGCGCACGGUAUCACGUCUUUCGCAACACCAAUCCGACCGGACGCUGCCCUACUACUAGUGAGAGCGUCAUGGCUGCCACUGGUGCGGCACCGGCGUCUUCGUCAGCUGCUCCUGCUUCCCCAGCACCCGCUCCUCGUCGCGCCGCCACCAAGCUGUCUGCUGCAGCAUCGCUGUCUAGCACGCCCCAGUCGAUGCAGCAUCGCAGCCCCGUCCACACGCUUACGAAUGCCAGCGGUCAUUCCAAUAACGCUGGCGGGGCCGGCGCAGAGUCGGACGGUGCCGGUGGUCGGCCCUCCGCGUCCUCCCCAUUUCGCCCGUGGCAUUGA